CAGGUACUUUCUGCCAACCACGCGGAGGGCUCGCAAAAAGCGCAUAAUAGUUCAAGCAUGGUGGAGUGUGUAAAUGGUGUGAGUCUGUUUUUGAUCAACGUGUAGUUACGCUUAAGUGAGGAGAAGUAAUCUAAGAAUGGGAGUUGAAGAUAGAGACAGGAAAACAUCCAACUCCUUGAAAAUUACUGAAAAUGGGAAUUCCUCUGAAUUUACCAACAAGAAACAGCCUUCAAAACGUAAGUUGUCUGUUGAAAAAGUCAAGGUGCCUGAUAUUGAGGAUAAAGACCCAGAUCAUGAAGUAAAUUUUGAUAAGGAUGAAAAUCUUUUUGGAACUUUUGAAAACGAAAAUGACAGUUCUGAUGAAGAGGGUGACGACCAAGCCAGUAAUUUUGAUUCAGGUUCUGAGGAUGAACCAAUUUUCGGAACUUCCGACGGCGAAAGUGAAGAUUUGUCAUUUGAGGAUGAUAGCGAGGACGCAAACGAAAGUCAUUCCGAAAAUGAGGAGACCAAACCAAACGGUGUGCAAUCGAGUUCGAAAGCGGACGAUAAUAAAUUAAAAAGAUUCUCAAAGAGGUUCCAGAAUGUAACAUCUAUUAGUAACAAACAGGACAGUGGUGACGGUCAGUUUAAAACAAUGGAUUCUAACAGUAAGAUAGCAAAGUCUAAGAAACGUAAAUCCACAGGUGGUAGAUUCGUAAGGCCUGACACAGAAAGUGUAUUGUGUGGUGAGACAGAAAAGAAGUCGGACGAGUCAGAAGAUGAACAAGAUACUGAAAGAGGAGUAGGUGAAGUAAAAGAUGAUGAGGUAAUGCCAAAUAAAAUUGUUUUGGAAAAGAAGAACGAAUAUGAUGAAUAUGAAGAAGAUGAUACAUCUGAUGAAGAGGAUAUCCGAAAUACUGUGGGCAAUAUUCCAAUGAAUUGGUAUGAUGAUUACCCACAUGUAGGCUAUGACUGGGAAGGUAAAAAAAUUAUUAAACCACCAAAGGGAGAUGAGCUUGACAACUUUUUGAAGAAAAUGGAAGACCCUAAUUUCUGGAGAACUGUGAAAGAUCCUCAAACUGGGCAGGACGUUAUAUUGUGUGAUGCUGAUGCUGAACUUAUUCAAAGAUUACAGAAUCAUAAAAUUCCAGAUUCAGAUUUUAAUGAGUAUGGACCUUGGAUUGAGUGGUUUUCAUCUGAAGUAAUGAAAACACCAGUAAGGAAAUUCCCUGAUCAAAAACGAUCUUUUAUACCUAGUAAAGAUGAAGCUCGGCAAGUUGGUAGAAUAGUUCAUGCUAUUAAGAUGGGUUGGAUUAAGCCAAGGGUAGAGAAACCCAAGGAACCUCAAUUUUACAUGUUGUGGGAGGGUGAUGACACUGCAGAACAUAUGCGCAGAAUACAUAAUCAUAUUCCAGCACCGAAACGGAAUCCCCCAAAUCAUGCUGAGUCAUAUAAUCCUCCUCCUGAAUACUUAUUUGAUGAAAAAGAGCUGAAGCAAUGGAAAAAUAUGAAGAGAACGCCAAGUCAAAGGAAAGUCCAUUUCAUUCCCAAGAAAUAUGCUUCUUUGCGGGAAGUGCCUUUCUAUGAUCGUUAUGUUCAAGAACGUUUCAUGCGUUGCCUGGAUUUGUAUUUGUGUCCUCGGGCUAUUAAAAUGAGGCUUCUAAUUCAACCUGAAGAUUUAGUGCCAAAACUUCCGAGCCCCAAAGACUUGCAACCUUUUCCUACUACUUUGGCACUUGUAUAUAAGGGCCACACUAAUAUGGUGCGAUGCAUUACCGUUGAACCUAAAGGACAGUACCUUGCUUCAGGUUCAGAUGACUUAACAGUAAAAAUUUGGGAAGUGGCCACAGGACGUUGCAUCAGAACCAUCCCUGCUGGAGGAAUAGUUCGCAGUAUCAGUUGGUGUCCAAACACUGCAUUAUCUUUAUUAGCUGUUGCUGCUGACCGUAAACUCCUUUUAAUUAAUCCUGAAGUUGGUGACAGCCUGGUAGUUAAAAAGACUGAUGCUCUCCUUGAGGAAGCACCAGAACAGGAUGUGCUAUUGCCAGAGAAAGUUAAGGCUGCAGUUCAAUGGGAACAAGUUUCAGCCAAAGGAGAUGAAUGGAAGAAAGGAAUUCGUGUUGUAAUAAAUCAUUUUAAGGAAAUAAAACAGGUGACUUGGCAUGGCCGUGGUGAUUAUUUUGCAACUGUGAUGCCUGAAGGUCAGUCUAGAUCUGUUGUAAUACAUCAAGUAUCAAAGCGGAGAUCUCAAAUCCCAUUUAACAGAGCUAAAGGCCUUGUUCAAUGUGUCCUCUUUCAUCCUAUUCGCCCCAUCUUUUUUGUGGCUACUCAGAAAAAUGUUAGAGUGUAUGAUUUGGUUAAACAAGAAAUAGUGAAGAAGCUUUUGUCUAAUUCAAAAUGGAUCUCCUCAAUUGCAAUUCAUCCUGUGAGAGGUGUUGCAUACCACAAAAGAUACCCAUUGUUUGCUUCAAGUUCAGAUGAAAAUUGUGUAAUAGUCAGUCAUGGAAUGGUGUACAAUGAUUUGCUUCAAAAUCCUCUUAUCGUUCCCUUGAAACGCAUGAGUUAUCAUGAGCCAGUAAAUGACUUUUCAGUGUUUGAAGUUUUGUUUCAUCCUUCGCAACCAUGGUUGUUUUCAAGUGGAGCUGAUGGGACUGUGCGCCUUUAUACAUAAUGUAAUAUGUCUAAUAAAAAUUGUUUUUGUUUUAUUCGGCUAUUUCCUUAAUUUGUGAAUAAUAGCAAUGAAAGUUUUAUUUGAAAGUCUAAUGUCUAGUUAUACUGUUAAUGCAGUCGGAGACUUGUGGAUACAAUAAAAUAUUUUUAAUAUGAAUUUGAUCAGUAAUUUUGGUAGGUACAUAAAAAUAUGUAUUUUGUCCUGAUAUGUUAUUGCUUCGAUAUGAAGAUUGAUACACACUGCACAACUUACCGGGAUUGACAGUGAAAGGAUUGUAGAGAGAAAUAUGAAAACUCUUGAAUGAUGCUGCUAAAUGUUCUCUUAUGAAGAGAAUUGUUAAAAGAGAAACAUAGUGAAGUUAACAUCUAGUUAAUUAAUCUGAAUCAUUAAAGUUAUGUAAAAAAUAAAGUCUUGUCUGGACUAUACUGUACAGUACUGUAUGGUGUUGACUGGUUCAUAUGAACUCAAGCCCAAGGGCUUUUUGUCGUUGCUGGUCAUUAGAACCCCUAAAUAAUGCCCUUGGUG